GUACACUUUGCUUUGUUGUGACACAAUCAAUUUGACAGCAUAACAGCUGAUUCUACAAAACUAACUUGCCACUUACCAACAAAUAUCUAACGUGUAUACGUUUGCAAUUUUAGCUCUAGCUAUUUAUUAUAUGUACGUAUGUAUGUAAAUACAAUUUUUGCAUAAUUAAUUUUCUUAGUAUGAGCAACAUUACUUUGAAUUGUUAAAAAUUGACCCUUUCUUAGCAGAAAAAAAUUCAAGCAGCUGAAAUUGUUUAGACAAUAUUCCACCGAUGUUGCCUCAAAAACAGCUGAAUGCCAAAAAGUACAUAAUUUUGCUGGGUCUCUGUGUGUUGGCAUUUUUACCAUUUCUACGAUUAAUCCGAAUUGGUUCGUCGAAUAUGGGGCACUGUAUAUUUUGUGAGAUUUCUGCAGGAAAACAACCCAAUACUGUGAUCGAAUAUGAAAAUGAGGAUUUUGUUAUAUUUAAAGACAUAAAGCCAUCAUCAACUUACCAUUACUUGGCUGUUCCAAAGCGGCAUGUAGAGAGUUUGAAAGCUUUGACAAAGAAUGAUAUAGGAUUAGUGGACAGCAUGGAACAAGGUCUAAAGUCCUUUUUUGAAAAGAAUAAUAUCAGUACAACAGAUGCUUUAUUUGGUUUUCAUCUGCCGCCUUUCAUUACCGUAAAACACCUGCAUAUGCAUGGAAUAGCUCCACGGUCCACGAUGUCGUUUGUGCAUAGGAUGAUGUUUAAAACGGGAUCCGCGUGGUUUAAAACGGUUGAAGACGCGCGACAAUAUUUACAAGAAAAGGCUUAAAAGCUUGCUAUAUAUAUGUAUAUAAAUUAUAAUAUAUAUAUAUUACAUAUAUAUAAAACUAAUAUAUAUUUUUUAGAAACCGGAAAUAGAUUUAAAAUCAAAAUAUACUGCAAGUCAAAGAAGAAUUUAAUUGAAUCCAAAGGUAUAGGUUUGAGGUUUAAUUUGACAGUUAUUGCAAGAAAUAUAUUAAUUGAAAUAAUUAUUAUAAUUAUAAAUAAAAAAUAAUUUUUAAAGCUAUGA